CGCUCCCGAUACAAUUGGUGCACAACGUGAGUGAAGUACUACGAAUAUACUCUAUCUUUGGCCUCCUCGGCUUCCUUUGGAAAGGAGUUCAAAUCAGACCGCACAGCUCGUCACACUCUCGAAACUACCUAGUCGUAGAAAUCCUCUUAGGACUUUUUGGCCAGCUUAUCGAACAGAUUUGAAACAUCUUUUAAUCCUGUGACGAGGUUAGGCUCUAACCAAUCUCUGCCAUUCCGUUGUCACCAUGGUUCUGGAACUGACCUUCUCGAUCGUGGACUAAGGCAUAUUUGCCACUAUGCUGUUCAUUUCCUUUCUCAUUGGGAUCUACCAAGCGUGCACCAGUUCACAAAACAAUGACGAUUAUCUUUUGGCGGGAAAGUCCAUCGGAGUAAUCCCAAUGGCAAUCAGCCUUUGCGCCUCCUUCAAUUCAGCCUACAUGAUCCUGGGCAUACCCGCUGAGAUCUACACCUAUGGCUCUCAAUUCUAUGUCAUGAUCUUGGGCACCGGUAUUGGCGUGUUCAUCGCUGGAGAAGUUUGGAUCCCGGUACUUUACAGAUUGAACCUGGUCUCCAUGUACGAGUACUUUGAGCUGAGAUACCGUUCCAAGUUUCCCAGGCUAGUCAUGACUCUGAUCUUCAUCCUGAAGAGUUCCAUCUACAUUGGCAUCGUUUUGUACGCCCCAACCAUGGCCUUGGCUUCCGUGACUCAAUUCUCUUGGCAACUUUGCAUCCUCGUCUUGGGCAUCUCGUCGACCAUUUACACUGCCAUUGGCGGCAUGAAGGCCGUGGUGUGGACGGAUGUGUUCCAGAUUUUCAUUGUUUUCGCAGGCAUCGUGGCCAUCAUCGUGGAGGGCUUGAUCAAAACCGGAGGGUGGGAGAAGAUGUGGGAAACCAACGUUGCUGGAGACAGGAUUGAGCUUUUCAACUUGUCCGUCAACCCUUACGAGCGGCACACAUUUUUGAACGUACUCUUCGGGACCUUGAUCAUGUGGGGCUCUCCAUACACGUGCAGUCAGUACUUGGUGCAACGUUGUCUGUGCUUACCAACGCUCACCAAAGGGAAGAUCGCUCUCUACACCAAUUUCAUCGGACAGUUCGUCAUGACGACCAUGGUGGCCCUUAUCGGACUGAUUAUGUACGCCUACUACGCCACCUGCGACCCGGUCAAGGCAGGUGUUGUGGCGAAGAACGAUGCCAUCAUCCCCUUGUUUGUACUCCAAGAAUUUGCGGAAUAUCCCGGGGUGGCUGGACUGUUUAUCUCCUGUCUUUUCUCGGGGGCUCUCAGCACUCUGGAUUCCACCUUAAACAGUUUGGCUGCCGUCACUUGGGAGGAAAUCAAGGCGUGCGCAUGCUUCAAAUCCAUCAACAAAAAGCACGAGAAUAUGAUCACAAAAUCGAUCUCGGUGGCAUACGGAGUGGUGGCCAUUGGUCUGGCAUUCGUCUGCCACAAUCUGGGAUCACUGAUCAACGUGGGUUCCCGACUCUUCGGCGCUUGCAUGGGUCCGAUGUUUGGCCUUUGUCUGGUCAGUGUCCUCUGUCCAAUGGUCAAUUUGAAAGGGGCCUCGGCGGGGAUUGUCAUCGGACAGAUCCUGAACAUUUGGCUCAGUUUUGGAGCUAUGAUGUACUCAUCUGCCCCGCCCACUUUGUCCCUGAAUGUCACGGAUUGCUCAGUGUUCAAUAUCACGUUAGCUGCCGACGAAAUGAGUUCGACUCAGAACACAAAUAUCACUCAAGAAUCCUUGGGACAUUCCGAUGAAUCCGUCUCUUCCAUCUAUCUACUCUCGUACAAUAUUUAUCCCAUCAUUGGCACCUUGACCACCGUCCUGGUCUCACUCUUUGUGAGCUUAUGCACAGGAUUUAAUCAAGAUCUUUGUGAAGAAGAUGCCAAAUACUUUUACCCAUACUCUUGGAAGCUCUAUAAGUAUUGUCACCUGAAAUUCCUAAGUUCCACGGGCAAUUGUCCAGUCCCAACGAUAAACGACCGCAAAGGAUGCUCUCAAAACGAAUUGCAGAAAUUGUAAACCAAGUAUUGAUAUUUUUGGACUAAACGGCCUAUCGAUGAUGUAGGUUUAAAAGCUCCCACCAAGGUAUCAAAUUCUGCCUCAAAACAUUUCGCCCCGUGUUAUAUUUGAUCAUCCCGGUGUUCAAUCUCAGCUGUCAUUCAAUCCAUCGUCUUGCAACUAAAACAAUAAGAUAGUAAUAACAGGAACCAAGGAAUAUUUAAGGUAGACCCACUCUUGUAGAGCCAAACUGUAUCAGUUUCAUUACAUGAUUCUCAUUCAUAUCCUAAAUAUUGCCUAUGUGAAUAUUUUUUCCGUACUAAGAUAUGAUUUUAUAAACACAUUCAUAAAAGUAUCAAAUGGUUCACCAGAACGUUGUCAAUGUCAGGAAAUAAAAGUCUGAAAACGGU